AGGAUUAAUGUACUACUGGUAGAAUGAGAGAGAAACAGUGCUGUGAAAGAGAAAAUUAGUUUUGAUUAAGAACACUGCUACUAGAUUCUCAUAUGUAUAUCUUUAUCCAUGUAAAUGUGUUUUCUUCCUAUAAUAUUUUGAAGGAGCAAAAUUGUGAAAGUAAUGCUUCUACUCACUGAGGAAUUUCACAGCACAAAGCUUUAACAGUAGUGGAAAACAGUUUGGGACUUCACAGCACUUUCAGUGUCAGUCUUCAAAGAAGAAUCACAUGGUUGCUUCAGUAUUUUGUUAAUGGGGAAAACAUCAUGCUCCUCCACAAAGCCAGUACUUAGUUUUAUGCUGUGUGUUACACUACUAGAGAAUCAAGGCUGUCUUCCAUUCCUGUGCUGUAGGUAUUUUUAACAGGUCUUUAUGAGAAAGCCAAAAGAAGGCAGGUUGUAAGAAUACCUCUCCCUUGCAAGAUGUGCGAACUGAAAUGCAUCACCAUUUGCUCACUUCUCUCAGUGCCUCAUUGCUUAAUACAGGGUACACAAUGAAUAAAUAGGGGUACGUGGAUACUAUUCAGUUAAGAAAGACAUUAAAAAGAAUUUUGGAAUAUUUUCUGAAAUGGAUGUUUUAAUUUCUGUUGUCUAAUUUCUUAAUUGUUACUGUAUGUUUAGAGGAGGAUAGGAAGAGUUUUAUAUAAGAAUAGCAGUAUCUGCUUUGCUGAAGUACAGUCUUAAGUUGCCUACAAGCCCUCAUCAGAAAUGAUAUCAUAGAAUUGAAUGCUGGCAAAGUGUAGUUCUGUUAUGUUUCUAGAGUACCUUUCCUCAUCUGCUUUCGAGAGGUAAAUUUAAAGUUGACCCUGUGAAGGCAGAACACCACAUCCUUAGAUUACACAGAUCUUUGUUCUGCUAGCAUGUGCACAAUAUCACCCACAUGUUUUUUAUGAAUCUACCAUGUUUCAUCUGUUAUUGUGUUCAGUCUGCUUCCUCCCCAUCUAUUGUAUGAGUCCCAUAAGUAAUAUUCUUCUCCAAGAAACAUUUUGUUGAACAGACAUAGCAAAUACUUCACUGAACCCAAGCAGACAUGAGCUCAAAUUACACUGUAUGAAUCAUUGCACCAUGAUAGGCAGCAGAGUCUGAAGCUGUGUUAAGUUCCUUUUGAGUGCCUGUGUUUACAUGAAGAUUGCCCAUUUCACCAAGAUCUGAAAGAAUUCAGUUUCAAGUGGGAAAGGGCAGGAGAUGUGGGAGAAAGACUGUGACUUAUUUAAUGUUUGGGGACAUGGGAUUUUAACUUUUUUCUGUGUGUUCAAAUGUUACAGAAAAGGAGGCUUUUAUCUUCAACAUUUUCUUGGCUGGGAGGCAGUCUGCUUGCAAAAAACAUAUCUGGUUUUACUCCCAGAUGCUCUCCAGGGUCAAUUCAUGCUGUAUUUUCUCUUUUUCUACUUACAUAUGUUCCUUACCUAGUAAUUUUUCUUAAUUUGUUUUCAAGUAUCACAAAGAAAUGUCAUACUAACACGUCCGUGGUUGACUUAAUGACUUUCUCUCUCUAAGAGGAGACAGCAUAAUUUGGUUGUUUCUUCAGUUCAGCUGGCCAUCUGACACUUUUUACAUUUAAAUUGAUACUUCUCUCUGCUUUAUAUCACCCUACCCUGUAUCCUUGAACACAGUCAUUCAUCUGAUUUUUGCUUUCUAUACAUAAACUUGGCAUAAAUUUAUACAGUUGCUCCUGAUCAUCUUGCCCAGCCCUGUAAUCAGCCAUGACAGCCUUAGUUUGUAAUGAUGAAUGUCCUUUAUAUCCAAGUGAAGUGUUUCCAUGAAUCGAUUCCAACAGUAACAUGGCUUUCAUUUUUUUCAUAUAAUGCUAAUCCUUUAUCUUGAUAUGUCUUCACAACUUCAGUUUCUUCUUUAUAAACCGAAAGACUUUACUUUUCCUCAGUUCUUUGCUAGCUUGCCUUUGUCAUCCUUAAUGCAUUCCUAGCAGUUGAGUAGGCCCAUCAAUCCUGGCAUGUGAGAAAACCCAUUGUCUCUCCUCUUUUUGCAGCGACCCGUUUGAGCUCAGGUCAGUGUGCUCUGUUGUUUUGGCAGCCAGUGUGUUUUUCUGUUUUACAAAUUUGGUGAUUCAUAAAAAAGAUAGUGGAAGAGAGUUACCUGAAUUUCUAUCAGGUCACAAUUACAGCAUGCUUGUACUUUGUUUUUUUCCUCUGCCCCUCCAAAAAAACCCCAUAACUUAGGAUAAUGUCAUACUUUUAGUAAUAGUAGUAGAACUAAGGUCUCCUGGCUAAUUUAGAAGCAGGGAGGACUGGGUGAAGUUAACAUCUGGAUUCUAAAGAGAAAACAUUAUCCAUAAUAUAGUGGCAUAUUCCUGACUUUUGCAAUUUGUACAGUAAAAUGAUUUGUAUACAAGGAACAGUGGAAGUAAAAUAAAAAAGAAGGUAAAAAGCAGUCUGUGGUGAAGCCUGUCAGCAUUUAUGCAAAAGUCAGAUGAAGUCCAGAACUCAAAAAGCAAUGAAAUCUGCAGUCAGCAGUGCUUGUGGUCCUUCCUUUAUGAUUUUGCAUUUGUGCUCAAAUCCGUUACUACUUUAUUUUUUUUCUUCAUCUGCUUCUUAUUAGUCUUUUUAUUUAUUUACUUCACUCCCAGGGCCAAAAGAAACAAAGGGCACUUAGAGUUCAACAGACCUGGAUAUUAGAAGCUUUACAGCAUGAAUCAUUUCUAGAUGCUUUGUCAUGCAGGGAGGCAAGGAGAUCUUUUCAGCAAAUAGCAGAACUGGGAAAGGGAAAAAAGGGACGUGGUAGGAAUGUUUUCAGAUAGGUGCUGCAAAGGCAUCUGUUUCCAAUUAAGUCUUUGUGAAAUCAAUUCAUAGACAGCCACUUCCAUUAGGAAUAGCCAACUCUCCUAAUUCAGUCUUGAAGCAGAAUCUACUAAAUUAGCCUUUAUAGAGUUCCUGUUCCAAGAAACAUGUAAAUGAAUCUCAAAGAUUUCAAGCAAAUGGGAAAAUGAAUGAAAUAAAAACUGAAAAUCUGUUUUCCCUCUACCUAAUGCUUGUGCAGUGGGAGAAGAAAAAAUAUAGCAGGAGUCCAUUUUGUUUGAUAGCAUAUUUGGUGGGAGAUCAAAACGCAAACUCAUUUGUAGUUUGUUUACAUCUGUAAGAGGAAUAAACGGAGGAAUACUUUAGAGAAGAGAAUAUGUUUGACUUAGGAAGGAAGAUUUUGAAGUAUGAAGGACCAGGUGAACACUGCUACCACCAGUGUCAAAGUGUUUGAUUUUUGGCUUUUAUUUGAAGGAGUUGGGGUUAUUUGAGUGUUUCUGAAAGCACUAUUUAGUUCAUGAUCUCGAGAUUAUACUCUAUAAAGAGAAAAGCCCUGCUGUGCAGUGCAUGGACUUCAGCAUGUAGUGGAAAAGUGGACUCUCUACAAGAGUUUGAAUGGACAAGAAAAGGUAUGCUGACUUUGAAACACCAGCUUCCAUGACUUACUAAUUUCAGUUGUACUGAGAGUGAAAUAAGUUCCCUAGAUUAGUAGGAAAGCAGUUCACCAAAGUCUAGGACUAGACUUUGCCUGCUGAAUGCUCUCAUUUCACAGCUUACUCUUUCACUAGGUAUAUUCAAGCUCUAUCUUUGAGUAAAGCUGUGUGGGCAGCUCUUCAAGGAUGGUUAAGGCCAUCUUAUCGUGGCUGACAUGGGAAGCUGUGAGCGGAAGAAGUACAGGAAGGAGAGGUGGAAGAAGAGCUGAUGGAUGGCUUCUGCCGUGGACAUGGGCAGAUCAGGAGCCUCGGGAGAUCACUGACAGCCUUGGCUGUGCCUCCACUGGUUUCCAGUUUGUACAGUACUUUACAUGGCUGAUAUUUGCAGAACAUAACUGGAGGAAACUUUGUAAUUAAAUAUCUCAGUGUGCAUUGUUCCACAAGUCAUAGAAUCAUUAAGGUUGGACAAAACCUCAAAGAUCAUCUGGUCUAACCCAUUCCUACCAUGUCCACUAACCAUGUUCCUCAGCGCCACAUCUCCAUGUUGCUUGAAAACUUGCAGGGAUGGUGUCUUCACCAGGAUACUGUUGUCUUUCUUGACUACCUGGGCAUACUGGUGGCUCACGUUCAGCUGGGUUUUUUCCAGUAGCAACAGUAACACGAGAGUUAGAUUUGUAAAUCCUGUUCAGACUGUCUUAAGAUGAAAGAACAGUAGAGCCAUUAUAUUGGCGCUGCUUCUCAUGUGGAUUUUUUGCAAAAAGAAAAAUUUCUUUCAGUUUAUCUGGCUGAAUUCAGAAAAGGGUAUUUUUGCUUAGAUGAGCAAAUGCUCAGGGAUGGUAUCAUUAAUGAAGAAUGGAAAAGGGUGUGUUUGCAUUCAACAUAAACAGAAUCAAAACUAGUGUUUAUUUCGCAAAAUUAUAUGAGUAGACCUGUGUAAUUUCUCUCAAGUAAAGUUUUAGUUGAAAAUAAAAAUAAAAAAAGUUAGUGAACUUGUAAUCUCUGUAGGCUUGGGAUCCAGUUACCUGGGGAAGUAGAGUUCUGCUCAAACGUUGACUAUCUGAACUGAAAAUCCAACCAUGAUUUAGAAUAACUUUCUAGUGAUUUAAACGAGAAGCUAUGCAGUUUCUCCUCAAAUAGUUUUUUCUUUUUGAAGAGUCAUUUGCAUCAUUGCUAACAAUGUUAUGUUUUUCCCAUGAUGCCCCUGGCAGGGUCUAAACAGCACUGAGACUACUUUACUCAUCCCCGAUCAUCAAGUGGUAAGCAGUAAGCAACAUUCAUGCUUCCUUGCAUGAAUUCGUGUGAACGUCUUCUGUUACCAUAUGCCAAAAAGUCCCUCACUAAAAAAUUUUCCAGUUUCAAGGCAGCCAUCCUUCCAAACAAAUUGCUUUCCUAGCGUGUAAAAAUGGAUGUGGCUUUUGAGUCUAUUGGCCUCAUGACCACAUCAUGUGAUGGCUUAAUUGAUGAAUUCAAGAUAAUUGAAAGGGUUCAGAUGGUGGAUAAAAUUGGAAGGAGAUAUAAUCUGUUCCUGAAGCGACGACUCAGGAUCGAUAAAAGACAUGAAAGCAAAGAUUCAAUAUUCUUCAGGGAUGGUGUCAGGAGGAUUGAUUUUGUUCUCUCCUAUGUGGAUGAUCUUAAUAAAGAAUGGGAAAAGAAGUUGGAAAGAAGAAAAGAAUUUGAGAGCAAUCUGCAGAAGGCUGGUUUGGAACUAGAAACAGAAGACAAGAAGGAAUCUGAAGAUGGCAAAAUUUACUUUGUGAAGAUCCAUGCCCCCUGGGAAGUUCUGAUCACAUAUGCAGAAGUGCUGAACAUUAAAGUUCCCAUCAGGGAAAAUGACAUUCCCUCAAUGGUGGAGAACCCCCUGGACUGCAUGCUUACGCCGUUCAGGCUUCCUGAGAAGGUGAUGCACCCAGAGCCAGAUUAUUUCACUGCACCGUUCAGCAAGGACAAGCAGGAGCUGUACCUCAUUAAUGAUGAAAGCACUUUCUUCUCGCCAUCCAUGAGAAACAGAAUAGUUAAUUAUAUACUUACACGCUGUCCGUAUGGAACAGAAGAAGGGAAGAAGAAGUUUGGGAUUAAAAGACUACUGAAUAAUGGCACCUAUUCAGCUGCUUACCCUCUUCAUGAUUGCCAAUACUGGAAAAAGGCAAGUGAUCCAAACUGUGACAACGAGAGAUACACGCUGUACAUGGAGUGGGCCCGUUUCUUGCGGUUCUACAAAGAGCAGCCUUUGGAUCUCAUCAGGAAGUACUAUGGUGAAAAGAUUGGAAUCUAUUUUGCCUGGCUAGGAUUUUACACUGAGAUGUUAUUCCUUGCUGCAGUCGUUGGUGUAAUUUGUUUUCUUUAUGGCUUGUUUACAAUGGAUGAAAAUAUGAGCAGCAAAGAGAUCUGUGAUCCUGCAAUUGGAGGAGAGAUCAUCAUGUGUCCUCUUUGUGAUCGAGAGUGUGAGUACUGGAGACUAAACACCACCUGUGAGUCCUCAGAGUAUUCCCAUUUGUUUGACAACGUGGCAACUCUUUUUUUUGCCAUUUUCAUGGGCAUAUGGGUUACACUUUUCUUGGAGUUCUGGAAGAGGCGGCAAGCAAGAUUGAAAUACGAGUGGGAUUUGGUUGAUUUUGAAGAGGAGCAGCAACAACUCCAGCUGAGGCCAGAGUAUGAGGCCAAAUGUACCCAAAAAAAGAAGAAUCCCGUAACUCAGGAAAUGGAGCCUUAUUUGCCUCUAACAAGCCAGGCUGUGCGGUUCUGCAUCUCAGGAACUACAGUGUUGUUCUGGGUGUCUCUGAUCAUAGCUAGCAUGAUAGCUGUGAUCGUGUAUCGCCUUGCUGUGUAUGCUGCCUUCGCCAGCCUCAUGGAAAAUACUCAGACUCUGCAGCCCAUCAGUGGAUUACUGACCCCUCAGCUGGCAACUUCAGUCACAGCUUCUUGCCUCAAUUUUGUCAUCAUCAUGAUACUGAAUUUCAUAUAUGAGAGAAUAGCUAUCUGGAUCACUGAUAUGGAGAUUCCCAGAACUCACAUGGAGUAUGAGAACAGGCUCACUAUGAAAAUGUUUCUGUUCCAGUUUGUGAACUAUUAUUCAUCCUGCUUCUAUGUGGCCUUCUUCAAAGGAAAGUUUGUUGGUUACCCAGGUGCAUACACCUAUAUGUUUAAUCGCUGGCGAAAUGAAGAGUGUGAUCCUGCGGGCUGCCUGAUUGAAUUGACGACUCAGCUCACCAUAGUCAUGGCUGGCAAACAGAUCUGGGGAAAUAUCCAAGAGGCCAUUGUACCCUGGAUUUGUAACUGGUGGGGACGCCGCAAAGCCAGAAGUAAUCCAGAGAAUUUGUAUAGUCGCUGGGAGCAGGACCAUGAUCUGCAGACGUUUGGAGCCCUGGGUCUUUUCUAUGAAUAUCUGGAAAUGGUCAUUCAGUUUGGAUUCAUUACUCUCUUUGUGGCAUCCUUUCCCCUGGCUCCUCUUCUUGCUCUAAUGAAUAAUAUCUUGGAGAUUCGAGUAGACUCCUGGAAGUUAACCACUCAGUACAGAAGACCCGUGGCUGCAAAAGCACAUAGCAUAGGAGUGUGGCAAGAAAUCUUGAAUGGAAUGGCCAUCUUGUCUGUUGUCACUAAUGCUUUUAUUGUUGCAUUCACAUCAGAUAUGAUUCCUCGUUUAGUUUACUACUAUGCUUAUUCUGAAAAUGAAGACUCACCGAUGUCUGGAUACAUAAACAAUAGUUUGUCAGUGUUUGAAAUCUCAGAUUUUCCUGAGAGAAACAAGCCAAAAGAGAAUCCAGAAGGUUUUGAACAAUGCAGGUACAGAGACUAUCGGUAUCCUCCAGAUCAUGAGAGGAAAUAUUUACACACGAUGCAGUUUUGGCACAUUCUUGCUGCCAAGCUGGCAUUUAUAAUUAUUAUGGAGCAUGUUGUAUUCAUCGUCAAAUUCUUUGUAGCUUGGAUGAUUCCUGAUGUACCUGCAGAUGUGAAAGCCAAGAUAAAACGUGAAAAAUAUUUGACGCAGAAAAUCCUGCAUGAGUACGAACUUGAAAAACUGAAGGAGAGACUAUGUCAAGGUGAUAAACGAGCUACAGAAAAGGAGUUUAUUGCCACAGAAGGGAGAAUGGAGUUAUCCAGAGCAAUGUAGUUGAAAAAAACAACUAUUUGGGAUUCAGCUCAUUUUAGCUUCUUUAUCUGUGAUUUGCUCAGUAUGCAUCAUCUUGAAAGCUGUAGGACAGCUUCAACCUUUGCUUUCGGUCCAAAGAUUUUAGACUUUUCUCUAAGAGUCAUACUGAGCAUUUUAGGUUUAGUGAAAACUAUUUAAAGACACGACUUAGGCACCGUUCUCUAUGUAUGCAUCACUUCAAAUAAUCAAUGUAAUCUUGUAAUCCUACAAUUUGGAUCCCCAAUACAAGGAAUGUUAGCGAAAAGGACCCACAAGGUAAGAUACAGUCAUUACCACCAAGCCCUUACCCUGUAUCCCAGCUGAAUGAGAAAGAUAUCCCAGAGGACUUCUGCUGUGGAAAAUGCUGAGCAUUACCUUAUGAUAUGAAUCUUUAAAAGCAGAAAGCACUCUUGAUGGAAGAGUUGGGAUAGGGUUUUAGGGCAUUUUUGUAUCCACUGUGUUUUCUGAAGUGUUUCUUCCUGGCUUGUGACGUCUGUACUCUUUUUUAGAAGGAAAUAGGUUUUUAAAGAUAUACCAGUUUAAUUCCCUUUGGAAUUAUUUUAAGGCACAGAGUUCAGGUAAUACUUACUAAUGAAGGAAAAAUACCCACUGUAAUUUAUUUUCAUUAAGCUAUGCCUGCAAUAGAGUUUGCUCUUUAAAUGCAGAUACUGUGGAAUCAUCUAAUUAAUUAUCUAAAAGAUGUAUAUGAUUUGGAGAAAUACAGCUAAAUUUAUUUCUCCAUCGCAAAACUUGCCAUUGGAAGAACAUGCUUGACGUAAGUUUUGGGCCAAGCUGCUCCUUUGGUUGGAUUCUUCCCAUCUUUGUGAAUGCCAACUAAGGCCUUAAAAUCACAUGCCCAUACCGUGUGCUGUGGAGCGCGGCUUCAGACCACAGCAGGUUGGGAGUUGGGCCUCUAUGUUAAUUGAUCAAACCACGUGAUUGUAUAGAAAAUAAGAUUCAUAUUCAGAUGAUUUUAGGAAUGCCAAGUACUCUAUGUUUACGUUGUUAUUGUCCUUAUACAUAGGAGCUUUUCUUUUUAAUCUGCAAGAGGGAAUUUCUUUUGUUCUGUCAUGGGGCCUUUCUACAAAGUUAUAGAAUCUGUAAGUAGGUAAAUAACUACUUGUGUAUAGGAGCUACCAGCUGUUUAUGAAUGUGCCCUUGUUUUAUAAUUUUAAGCAGUUAUGCAUUUUUAUGAUUUUGCUGUAUAUUUAAAACAUAUCAACACUUCCACACUUAGUGCCUUGUUUAUUUGCAUUUGGCAAAAGAUGUGAAAACAAUCACUAUGUGGAAAUGAGCAUUUCCAAAGUGUGCUUGCAGGCAUCAUGAUACUGUGAACCUGCACACAACUGUAGUGUUAGCCACACAAUGCCUGCCUUGGCACACUUGUCUUUGUUAGUGCUAUGCAAACCAUUCAUGCCCAACUGACCAUACCUAGACUGCUUGGAUCAGCUAGCACCAGGCUGUUGAGUUCUCUAGUGUGCAAGUACACUGGCUAGAGAAAUGAGAGAUUGUAAUAUAUUUGCACUUUGAUUAUACUUCCUUGCAAGUAUACAAAAAAAAAGUUGGAUUUGAAUGCCAUAGCAGCCAAUGAUGUACUGUUUACAAGAUCCACAACCUACGGUUUCCAUUUUUUUGUUUCAACAGACCUAGCCAAUUUUGUCUAGUAACCUUAAUGUUGUAAUCAGUGUCUUGGGUGGAACUGUAGUUACUAGGAAAAGUUCUAACACGGAAGUGCCUACCUCGAGCAAACAUUGCAUGGUUUGGCUGCCAGUCAAGGAGUUGAAGCAGAUGUACAUUUCUCUCCAUUUCUGUAAGUUAUUCAGCUUAUUCUGUAAGUUUGCUUAGUAGAUCAAGCACGUUGGCAGUUCAUGUUUGUGAUGAACUGUGUUCUUACAUAUUCAGAUAGAUUUGAAAUAAUGGAUUUACUGCAGGAAUGCAUGUAUGAAUAAGCUAGUUCUGCUGCUUAAUACGUAAGCCAAAGAAAAAUAUCAGUCACCAUGAUUAUGUAAGUGACACCAGAACUUAUAUACUGCAAGCACUUUGCUGCUUCUUACAUAUGUACUGUUAAUUAAACUGCUUAAUUUAGA